AUGGCGGCUGAAGUCCCACAGUGGCUUGCCGAGCGCUUCCCUGGGCGGGAAUGGCAAUCGCUUCGCUGCUGCAAGCUUGUGGCGAAGGAGGGUGUGGGUGCCGGCCUCGAAAUGGAGGCGACAGAGUACGGCUACGCCGUGGACACUAUCCUCCCAGAACCGGGCCAGGAACCGGCCUUACAACCCGGGGACACAAUCGUGGCCAUCGAAGGCCAACGCCUUCUUGGCCUGUCAGAGGAGGACAUCGACCAAGUGUUCGGAGCUCACUUUCGGCACGGCGCGCUGCUCCUUCUGCUGAGCUCUAAGGAGUUGCAGGAUGCGGCUGGCACGCAGGACAUGGACCCGGCCGAAUCAGACAAGAGGAAGAGUGUCGAGGAGCACGAGGCCACGGUGCGCAUUCCUGUCGGCCGUGCGACAGCUUGGCAACUGGACGAAGCCACCGCGGCCAACGUGUCCAACGACCUGGCCAUAGUGAGCGAGCAGUUUGGCCUUGCUGCAAGGGCUCAUUUUGGCGACCACGGCAUGGAGAGCGUUCUCCUGACCGGCCUUCCCAGUGCCAUCGCUCAAGCCCGCCCGGAGGUCGUCCGCAUCCUCGCCUUCUACCGGGAUGGCCAGCUCCACUGCGCCAGCGAGGCACCGAUGGAGGCGGCCAAAGCGGCGCCGAGCACGCCCAUGGAGACCACGUCUCUGGACUUGCCGGAUCACGUGCGGGAUCUCCGUCAGUUUCAGUACCAUGACCACACUGCCGACAUAAUCGUCCACGCCUGGGGGACGUCGUUGGCGGAGGCGCUGGCGCAGGUGUGCGCGGGCAUGUUCAACUACAUGACUCCGCUGGACAAGGUUGGCCUUGUCAAGACGGUGGAGGUGGAGGCAACGGGGCACGACCUACCGGACCUGCUGUACCAUCUCCUUGACGAGUUCCUCUAUGUUUUCGCCACCGAGAUGCACGUGAGCAGAUGCAUCGAGAUCUUGUCUUUCGAUGAGCAAAAGCUCCGCAUUCGAGCUCGGGGUUAUGGAGAGAAGAUGGACUUGCGGAAGCAUGAGCAGGGCACCGAGAUCAAGGCCAUCACGAUGCACAUGAUGAAGAUCCUGACUCCCGACUUCAUCUUCACAGAGGAUGGCAAGGGGCCACGCGAUGCAGAGGGCCAGAUGUCGGACUUUGCAUUCGAGGCAUACGUGCUUCUGGAUAUUUGA